CAGACGUUUCAACAAGGUUUUUUUGAGUGACGCUCCUUCCUCUCGAGUUGCGUAGAACAGUACAUUCCGUUGUCUUAAACGUCGGCCCAAACUUCUAUUUAACUACCUGGGCAUAACACUGACCUGACUGAAGAAAAAUGUCUGAACGAAAAGUUUUGAAUUUGUUUCCAUGUGUCAUGGCGGCGCGGCGACGUUUGUAAAAAGCAUACGAUGAGGCUUGUUGAAAAUUGGUUUCUUCCUGACAAUUUAACAUGGAAGAAGAAGCUGAUCCCGAGGAGCAGGCAUUCCACUCCACUGUCCGAGAGUACAUCAUUUUCUUGCUUCUCUUUGGCAUCCUCUAUGUUGCCAGUUACCUUGUUUUGAGAACGUAUCUGCACAAGGAGAAACAAGAAGAUAAACUGGACCCAGACAAUGGUGAAGCAACUGUUCAUAGAGUCAGCUUGGGGAUGUGCACCUUUGCGCUAACUGUAGCUGUUGGAGCGGCUCUCCUGUUGCCCAUCUCUAUUCUUAGCAACGAAAUUCUGUUACUUUACCCCAAUAGUUACUAUGUGAAGUGGCUCAAUUCAUCUCUAAUUAGUGGCCUGUGGAACCAUGUCUUUCUAUUUUCCAACUUAUCCAUCUUCAUCCUUCUGCCGUUUGCAUACUUCUUCAGCGAAGCUGAGGGCAUCGGUGGCCAGCAGGGACUCAUGGGCAGGGUCUACGAAGCCUGUCUGAUUCAGCUGAUGCUGGCCAUCCUUGUUCUGGGCAUGGCAUUCAUUUUGUGCGCGUUGAUCGACAAGAGCCAAUCUGCCGUCGAACUUUUCUUCAACGUCUGGAACUACUUGCCAUUUCUCUACUCCUGUUUGUCAUUCCUCGGCGUUCUUUUAUUGCUGCUAUGCACACCCCUUGGCUUUGCCCGGCUGUUCACAGUGUGCGGACAAAUCAUUAUCCGGCCCAAUUUCCUGUCGGACGUCAACGACGAGUACUACGCUGUCCUCUUUGAGGAAUCGUGCAUUCGCGAGCGACUUAAAAUGAAGUCUCCCGAAAAGCAACUCAACGGACAAGGCCGUCAAGCACGCAAAGUUCUCGAAUCGAAACUGGUGGCUCUGGAAGCGCAGCGUUUCAAGUUGAAUCAACAGAGACGAUCAUCGCCCGUACUACGACGUCUCAUCUAUCCCCUGGCCAUGGUUCUGUUGCUGGCACUCACCAUGGCCGCAUUGCUCAAUGUUCUACAAAAUACUCUGCAGCUGCUAGUGGGAAUCAAGGCGUUGCCUCUAUCCACCCGCGAGCAUUUUCCUUUGGGUUUGAGUUCUCUGUCGAAAUUAGGUUUGAUCGGUGCCGUAAUCGAAGUGGUUCUCAUCGGCUACCUGCUGGCGGCUUCCACCGUCGGUCUCUACACGUUGCCGUUCCUGUCGGGCAUUCGACCGACGGCCAGGAAUACACCGCUCACCCAGCUUAUAGUCAAUUGCGGACUAGUCUUGGUACUCAGCUCGGCAUUACCCGUCCUGUCGCGUAUUCUGGGCAUCAGUAAUUUCGAUCUAUUGGGCAACUACGGACGCAUCGAAUGGCUCGGCAAUUUCUACCUGGUUCUGCUCUACAACGUCAUCUUCGCAGCCACCGCUACUCUCUGUCUAGCCAAGAAAGUCACCAAUUCGCUGCUGCUUGAGGUUUGGCGCCGGCUCAAGCUGGCUUGCACUGCUUCGCUGCAGCGAGGUGCUCUCGAACCCCAUCGUAUGCUUAGCCCCGUCGGUGCCCGAAAGUCUGCCGCAAUCAGACAAACAAAUGAUUAGACAAUUAAAACGCGAGAACGAGAGAUACGUGAUAUGAAACAUCCAUUACCUUAUUUCACUUUAGUUUCCUCCGUUGCAUCUAGUCUCACUUUUCUAAUCCUUUUUUUCCCCAUCACAUUUCUGGUCCCACACCACACCAUUUCUUUUUGUCUUCUUCUUCUUCUUUUCCCGGAGACAGAGGGGCUUGACAUUCUGCACCUUGGUUUCCAAUUACAUUAAACGAUAAAUCACUUAUUUUCCCCUGUUUGUUUAACUUGUCCGUAUCAGUUUCAGUUUUUGCUGUUGAUGGCCCUUGGAAGCGGAAGUUUUUUUUUUUUUUCUCUCUUGUCUUUACGUGAAACGUGUGUACACAACUCUUGCCGCGCAAUAAACGCGUUAUUUUAAAUCACA